CGAAAGAAGUAACAAUUCACAGAAGCAAAUAAAUGUCAUUCAUUGCCGGUUAUUCUGAUCGGUGGUUUCGAAACAAUCAGCGGUGACGUAGCAUGACAAGUACUAUUUGAGUUACGUUAUCUAGCCACAAUUCGUCACCUGCGAAGCAGUUUGUGCCUUCUGCUAUCACAUGUAACACAUUUACCUACAUAGAAUACCAGCUGGAUCAGUUAGUACAGGUGUAAAACUUACUGCAGACGCAUUUCUGUAGGUGUGAAAAAUAAUUAUUACCAAGUUCAGGACGUGCGACCUAAGAUUACAAAAAUAGUAUUUCGUACCAUUCAGCGCAGAACACCGGCACAGUGCAGCCCGAUCGUUUUAUCGUACUUCUCGCAAGAUGGCCUCGCUUCGCUUGAUAACACCGGAACUGGCGGAAAAGGCUAGAUUGGAGCUGAAUGAAGUUCCCAGCAGAAUCCCGGAGGACAUUGCUACCCUGAAAGCUUGGCUUUCAAAGCAGCCGCAUCUUAACCCACGCACCGACGAUCAGUUUUUGGUGAGUUUCCUCCGCGGAUGCAAAUAUAGCCUGGAGAGGACCAAAGAGAAGUUGGAUAACUACUAUACCGUGAAGUCGGCGAUUCCUGAAUUUUUUGAUAACCGUGACCCAACGAAUGCGAAGAUUCAGGAAAAUGCAAUGCUCGGAGUGAAUUUACCACUUCCAUACACGAUAGGGGUAGCGGGACCUCGUAUCAUGCUAGUGCGAAUGGGAUGCUACGAUCCCAGUAAAUAUUCCAUCGUGGAAAUUAUGAAGGUCUGUUACAUGAUCACAGAUGUGCUCCUAGUGAAUGAUGACAUAUCGGUCAUUGCUGGCCACAUGGUACUAGUUGAUCUUCGAGGAUUAUCCUUGUCUGCGCUGUCUCAGUUUAGCCCAACUUUCAUCAAAAAAAUGACAUCAGUGAUUGAAGCGUUUCCUAUUCGAACGAAAGGAAUCCACUUCGUCAACCCAUCAACAGGAUUCGAUGCUCUCUUCAAAAUGUUUCAUGGAUUUUUGAACAAGAAAAUUCAGGAGCGAAUAGGCGUGCACGAGACAUUCGAAACACUUCACAACGUGAUCCCAAAGUCCUAUCUCCCUGAGGAGUACGGUGGGAGUGGCGGAAAAUUGGCAACGAUUAUUCAAGAUUGUAAAAAUGAGCUGGUGGCUUACCGCGAAUUCUUCCUGGACGAUGCUCGGUACCGAAAUGAUGAGAGAAAGCGACCAGGAAAGCCACGAAACGCCACUACUCUGUUCGGUGUGGAAGGUUCCUUUCGAUCCUUGGAUUUCGAUUGAGGUGUGAUUGUGUGUAGUAAAAUAUUUGAUGCUUUCAACGUGCAGUUACAGUUGACAAAUGUAAUCGAAAGAAAUCAAUGCGCCUUUCGGUAGGCAAUGUUUUGAAACACCUACUGUUGCUCAUUAGCUUUUAUUGGUACUUGACAUUUUUGUCGUGACUAUAACUAACCUUUCAAUAUAGGGGUCCCUUUUCAAAAUUUCGGAUGAAACGGGAGUGAUAUUUUUUGAAGCUUUGUAACUUUUAUUAUACUGAACGUAAUUGCACAAUGUUCGCAGUUAUCAAUAGGCAAAAUGUGCACCAAUUUAGUAUUAAAUUUCGAAGUAUGUACCUUCCAUAAAUAAAGCAAAAACUUUUAAAAAUCUUGUUUUCGGCAUGUGAAAGAACCGAAAUUUUUAAACCUUUCAGGCAGAGCUGUUAACUACGAGACCCACUCAAACAUUGUAAGGUUGCACCCAACA